CAACAAUCUCAGCAUUGCAUAGUACCUCCGUCAAGCUAAUUAUUUCGGUCAAGCCUGUAUCUAUAGGAUCGUGCGCUACUCGUUUCUGCGAAGACAGCAAUGCCAUUUGCCAGGUUACCGUUGCAAAGUAGGAUUUGAAAGGGGGGUGGGACGGCCGCAAAUGUUUAUGGGAGUAAUUUAAACGAAUUCUUGAAGUCUUCUGUCGCUGGCCAUGUGAGGCAACACAGAGCGUUCACCUGAAUUGAGCACUGAUGCACCGGACAGACACUGAAGUCGUCUACAAUCUAAACCAACAUCAAGUUCAAUUGUUCUGGACGAAUGGUCAGGAACAAGAGGUGGAGGGUCAGUGUCAAGGUGAUACCAUCAGCCGACACUCCUGCUCUGCUGCAGCCAGGCCGCAGAUUUGGGAGGAACCUAGGCAGCACUGUGGCAACAUCUGCACCGAGGGGACCCCGGAGGCCGGCCAGCGCCCUUCCAUCCUGGCGGAUCCCUGCAAGAAACACAGCUCAGCAGGAAGAACAGCAGGAUGGCUUUGCAGAUGGAGAUGGAGAAGCCGCUGCUGCCUAUUAUCAGCCUCCGCCCUCACGCCGGCGUCUGCGGAAACAGGCAGCUCAAGAGGAUAAUAGACGGCUGCACCAAGCAUGGGAUGCGUGCUUUGAUGACAAUGUAUUCAGGAACACAUGUUUCCAAGCUGGUCAGCCUGCACGCCAAGCAGCACUGAAGCAGCAGCUGCAGGCAGAGUUUUUGACAGCUGCCAGAGCAGCCCUGCCCGCUUGCAGUCCAUGCAGUCAGGCUGGGAGGGUGGGAUCAGUGUGGGAGCAGGUGGAGACGAUCAGCAGGCUUGUGUAUGUCUCGAUCAGCGGCAGGACAGAGGUCAGCCCCCCAGCAUUCAGGUGUGGCGGGUGCAGUGCCGCCUUCACAGUCGAUCCUGUGAGCAUGGGAUGCUUUCCUGCAACGCCACAGAGGCCGCUGGUUUACUACUCUGGAGCGCUCAUGUUGCAGACGCAUGAGCUCAGCCUCGCCAGCCCAACCUCAAUGGUCGCCUGGACUAGCGCCCUGGAGGAGGUGCACGUCAGGAACGGCUGUGUGCCGUACGGGCAACUGAGUGGCCUGCCCAAAAAUAUCUGGAGGAACCUCCCAGUGGCGGUCAGACAGUGGCGCAGAAUGGACAUCGCCACACAUGACCUCAACAGGCUUGGCGUGCAGCCCAUCUGUUCGG